AUCGGAUGCUAGGAUACUGGCCCUUUGGUUCCUUUCUUUGUGCUACGUGGAUUCUGCUGGAUUACGGAAUGACAUUUGCGUCGGUGUUCACAAUUGUGGCUAUUUCCAGUGAUAGAUUCUGGUCAGUCUUUUGGAGUCUCAGCUAUCGGACCGUCAACAAAAAGAAGAAGUCGAUGGUAAUGUUGGCAAUUGUUUGGCUCCUCACCUGUGUCCUCUGGAUCCCUCCCCUUGUUCUGGACAGAGUCAACAACCACCAAUCUCCGGACGAAUGUAGAUGGGAUCCGGCUCACAACCGACACUUUGUGUAUAUCAUUGCCAUUGUUGGCCAUCAUGGACCAUGCUUCCUUAUGCUGUUUUUCUAUUUUUUCGUCUUCUUUUACUUGAGGAAACGGGUGAAGUUUGGCCUCAUGAAAGUAAGUGAAUGUUAC